GAAAAUGGUGAUACACUUUGUGAUCAAAAACAAUCAUUACAGCAGCUGAUUUUCAAUUUGUACACAACAUUGCAUCUUACUCAGUUAAAAGGAUUUUCUGUUAUGCAAUAUUCAUGGAUGUUAUUGCAAACGUAUGGAAAAGGAAAUUUUACAUUUGAAAGAACAAAACAAUUGGAACAUUUUGAGAAAAAAAUCAUUGAACAACUCGAUGCCUUAAAAUCUUCGAUCAUUUCUGCAAGUAAUAUAUACUGGAGAUGUGACCCAGCAAAACAUGUAAAGGAUACAACUUAUUCAGAAGUUACACAGUUAUUACAGGGUUAUAUAGAAAAUGAAGCCGAUAUGAACAGAGAGCAGAGUUGCAUGAAAGAUUGUUCAUACUAUGAAGUUGCAGAACAUAAAUCAUGUUUUAGAGAUCAAUUGUGUGCUAAACAGCGUGUUUGUAAUGGACGUUUAUUAAAUUGUCAGUAUAUUGAUUCUGACAUGAGAAUUUGUCAGUCUAAAUUUGGAAGCAGUAGGCGAUAUGAUUAUAUUGCAUAUGAAAAAGGUAAAGUCUUGGGUGAUUCAUCAGUUGAAUGCAAAGGUACAACAAGUAUGGUAGACAGCUGGUGGACAUUUUUGGUUUGGCAUUGUUCUUAUUGUUUUUGCAUUUGCGAUUCAAAUGAUUCUGGUUCUGAUAGAUACUUCAGUUUAAAACCUUCAGUAUCUAAUAUUAAAAACAAUAUGGUUAUAACCGGUGUGAGGUUCAUUAAAGUUAAACAAAUGUUCCAUUUACAAGCCCAAGAAGGUGAACUUGGCCCUCGGGGAGGAAUUAGUGAAUCUUCCAGACAAUGGCUUGAAGUACCUGGUUCUGAGUUUUCAUAUAAGAAUAAAACAUUAAAAGAUGGUGUUGACUAUCAUACAUUAACAUACGAAUCCCGCAUUAUUGAUAUUGAUAAUGUAAUUGCUCCUGAAAAUACGGUUGUGACAGGAUUAAAAUUUAGAAAGAUUGGAUCUCACCUUAAUAUCGAAGUCCGCAUUACUCCUUUUGAUUUUAUGACUGGUGAACUUAUUGAACCUGAGUUGAAAAGUUAUUGGAUCGGAAAUGAAAACACUGAAUUGUCCAUAAAUCCAAGAACCGAAAUUGACAUAAAUAAUUCAGAUUUGCCUACCAAAUCAAGUACUGCAUCUGAACCAGAUAUGUCUUCAAAUAAAUUCCUUAAGUUUACACAUUCAUCUAUUGACCGUGAUGUUGCACAAACAACAUUACCUUUUAUUGACAUGCAAACAGUAGCACCAUUUCCUGGAGUGCCACUUUCCGGAAUAGGAAUUUACUAUAAAGGAACAAAAAGUUUUGGUGGAUUCAUUGGCGCUAAUGUUUUUACUUACAAUUUAAGUAAUAACAUAAAUCCCAAAUUAUUCCAAAUACAUACAGUUUAAAAUAUUGUUAAUUAUUUUAAUCUGUAUUCUGUAAUAUUAAGUACCUAAAUAACUUGUAACAUUAAUUAAUCUCAAUUUGUAUAAUGAUAAAAUACUAUGCCUAUAAAAAUGUGCCAAAGUAAAACUUUAUUUAUUUUAUCUGAAUUGCAUAUUAUAUUUAAAUUGAAGUCAAGAUUUACAAAUAAUAUUUUUAGUAAUGGUAAUUUAUACCUUAUAUAUUUCAUUUUAAUAUUUUUUUGUUUUUAUUUUUAUUCGUUUUAUAUGUAAAGUUAGAAGAACAGAAGUCCUAAAAUUGUGAACAUUAUUAAUUAAGCACUAUGUUAUUUAAAAAUAUGCAUAUGCACUUUUCUUGAUUAUUAUGUUUAUCAAUACCUAUUUUAAUAUAUUUUGUAUUUUAUAUAAUUAAUAUAUGAUCAAAUAUAAUAUAUUAUGUAUUUUAUAUAAUUAACUUAUGAUCAAAUAUAAUAUAUUAUGUAAUGUAAUUUUUUUUUUAAAACAGUUGUGCAAUCUGCCGUUUUUGAAAUAUUUGGCUGCAUAUCUGACUGUAUAGUUUGAAUUUUGGUUUAAUAAUAAAAGUAUAAAACAGCUAAG